GCGAGUUCUUAACACACAACACAAAGAAGACAAGGAAAAAGAAAGCAGGAGUUAAAAGAAACGAAGAAGAACAUGGCAACUGUGGAAGAACCAAUACUCUCUAGACUAGACAGACUUGACAAUAUUCUCAAGAAAUUGGAGGAAGUUAGAGGAGGUGACCAUUCCCCGAAGACUUCAACAGCGUCAAGCGAGACACUAACGAGCGACGGGCAAGCUUCGUCCCUCGAUUUCUCACCAAGAAGCAUGGAGAAGCAUUGCCGGCCCAUAGACGACGUGAUUACAGAGACAGAGCACAAGGGGACACUCAUCGAGAGGCUGGUGAAUGUAGAAAACAGGGUGUUGAAUAUGUGUUUGCAGUUAGAAGCAGAGUUGGAGAUUAUGAAGAAGAAAAGAGAAGAGAAUCUUGUUUCAGAGGAGAAAAAAGAGGAAAAUGUUGCUGUAGAGGAGAAGAACAAGUCACCUUAUAAGAAGGGUCUCAAAAGCUUUGUUAAAUCUUGUGUUAAGGGGAAAGGAAUAGGGAAACAUAAACAUAACAAGGAGUGAGAUAAUCUUCGUGGAAUUCCAAUGAUGUUUUUUUUCUCUACAAAUUUCUUUGUUGUGGUUUUUUUUUACUCCAAAAUAGUUGGACAAUUUUGGCUGUUUGACGCACGAUCGAUGGUUUUGUAAAAUUCUCAAGUUCUGCUGUUAUAAGUUUGAAUGAGCGUAUUUAUAUUUAA